UUAAAAAUUUGAAUACACUCGUCAUUCAAAUAUAGUUUUUUGUAAAAUAGUUUUCUCUUGUAGACGUCACCAUCACCAUCAUGGCUAUCACUCGAAAUUCCGCAAAUAUUCCCUACCAGACGAUCCUUCGAAGAAGCAACUAUUCAAUGAAAAAUCGGAGCCUCUUAUCAACAACAAUAGGAUUAGGCGAGUGUCCACACAACCAGAAGAUCAAGAGCUUCCACCUAACGAUAGAGACCAGUUGGAUAGUCAUAGAUCAGACGAUUCCCGAGCCCUUAGGAGGCACAAAGCCUCAAGGCCAUCUAAUACAUCGCUCAUGCACAUUGGAAAAGGAGCAGAACUACAUCCAUCACUGAAAAAGUUGUACGAUCACAGUCCCCAUGCGAUUUUCGUGGAAUUGGCCGAACUCACGAAAUUGGAAAACGCAAAAGAAGAAAAAGAAUGGAAAGAAACCGCUCGUUGGAUCAAAUACGAAGAAGAUGUAGAAGAAGGUGUAGACAGAUGGGGAAAGCCUCACGUUGCAUCGUUGAGCUUCCAUUCUUUGCUCAAUUUGAGACGAUGUCUUGAAGAGGGGCUUGUCAUUCUUGAUAUGGAGGAGAAGGAAUUGCCGGCUAUUGCUUAUAGGAUCUGUGAAGAACUAUUUAAAGAUGAUCUCGUCAAGGAAGAAGAUAAGGGUAAAAUCAUGAGGACCCUUCUUUUAAGACAUCGCCACGUGAACGACCAUCACGAUAGAGGGUUCAGAUUUAGUAAUAAAAAGCAUAGCUACACUUCACUACAGUCACUAUGGUUGGAAGACGGCAUAAACUACAAUGCGAUGAUGGCACGUUGCUCGAUAUCCUCAGCCCAUACAACUAUCGGCCAACUGAACGUUCCUGUACCUAAGCUUCCGCCCAGGGGGGCCUCAUUUCCACACAAUCUGUACGAAGCUGAGAAGCGCAAGAUCAGCUUCACUAUCGACGGCUCAAUAAAAAACGGAGAUGCUUCUUCUGACACUCUGCUCAAACAUCCAGAUAACCAUACUGUAUUGGACAUGAAGGAAGAUCCUUACUCCACCAGCCAAGAGGACGUACGAAAGGCUCACCAUGACUCAAUAUUGAAGAGAAUACCUGCAGGUGCUCAGGGGUCUACCGUACUUGUAGGAGAAGUCGACUUCUUGGAAGAACCAGCAAUAGCAUUUGUGAGAUUGGCCGAAGGUGUAGUCAUUCCAUCCUUGAUUGAAGUUAAUAUUCCAGUCAGGUUCAUAUUUGUCUUGUUGGGUCCCAAACUGCCCAACAUCGACUACCACGAAGUGGGCAGAUCCAUCUCAACCCUGAUGGCCAACCAACAGUUCCAUAGCAUAGCGUACCGCGCGGAGAACCGCAAGGAACUGCUGUCGGCCAUCAACGAGUUCCUGGACGACAGUAUAGUGCUGCCACCUGGCGACUGGGAACGACAGGCUUUGCUGCCUAUCGAGGAAAUCAAGGCGAAGAGCGAGGCAAUACGAAUACGGAAGGAGAAUGCUAUCAAGAAAGCUCAGGAAGCGCAGGGGAUCGUUGUUAAGGCCAUGGUUGCUGCAGGCGGUGAUGAUGGUAAAAAACCCCCCUUCCCCGACCCUUUGGAGCGCACCCGUCGACCUUGGGGCGGCCUAAUCAACGACCUACGCCGCCGGUACCCCCACUACAAAAGCGACAUCACGGAUAGUUUUAACGCACAGUGCGUUGCAGCUGCGGUAUUCAUGUAUUUUGCUGCGGUAUCGGGGGCUAUAGCCUUCGGUGGGCUCACAGGCAAUAAGACGGAGAAUCUCAUCGGAAUAUCGGAGACUUUGCUGUGCACCAGUGUCGGCGGUAUUAUAUUUGCCAUAUUGGCGGGGCAGCCGCUGGUUAUAGUUGGAACCACAGGUGCAUUGUUGCUGUUCGACGAGAGCCUUUUCCAAUUCAGCAAGUCCAACGGCAUAGAUUUUCUUUCGACGAGGGUGUACAUAGGCCUUUGGUUAGCUGUCAUAGGAGUGAUGGUGGCUUGUUUUGAAGGCAGCGUACUUGUAAAGCUAUUCACACGCUUCACCGAGGAUAUAUUUUCCACGCUCAUCGUCCUAAUCUACAUCCUGGAAAGUCUUGAAAAGGUUCUGUUCCUGUACACAAAACACCCCCUGCUCGGCGACUACUGCGAAAUGGAAACAAUAACUUACAAGAACGAGUCCUACUACAAAACCAACACUACGACGGACAUCUUCUACACAGGUCCAAGCGAGACCUUCCAGCAUGAGUGCCACGUGAUCAUGAGAACGCCUAUGAUCGACGAAGUUACAGACGAGCCCAUCAACAGGCCGAAUACGGCUCUGUUCUGCACCAUACUGACUUUGGGCACCUUUGCUAUUGCAUAUUACCUAAGGAUGUUCAGAAACAGCCAGUUCCUUGGGAGAAGCGCGAGGAGGGCUCUAGGAGAUUUUGGUGUACCGAUCGCCAUAGUAAUCAUGGUACUGUUAGACUACAUGGUACCCGAAACUUACACCGAGAAAUUGAACGUGCCGGUAGGAUUUUCACCAUCCGAUACUGAGAAACGAGGUUGGUUCAUUUCUCCCACGAAGGUGCCAGUCUGGAUCAUGUUCGCAUCAUGUAUUCCUGCUAUGCUGGUCUACAUUUUACUGUUCAUGGAAACACAUAUCGCUGAGCUAAUAAUCAGCAAACCGGAGAGGAAGCUUAAAAAAGGAAGCGGCAUCCACCUGGAUAUCGUGAUAAUUUGCUUGAUCAACGUUAUCUGCGGCUUCUUCGGGUUUCCUUGGUUGUGCGCAGCUGCUGUGAGGUCCAUUGUACACACCUCGGCGCUUACCGUGAUGUCCAGGACCCAUGCGCCCGGAGAGAAGCCGCAUCUUAUUGAGGUCAAGGAACAGAGACUCUCAGCGCUUUUUGUCUCCAUUUUCAUAGGGCUGUCAGUUUUUAUGUCACCACUCCUUCGACUGGUGCCAUUGGCUGUGGUUUUGGGGAUAUUUCUAUACAUGGGCGUAGCUUCGAUAGAUGGCAUCCAGUUUUUCGACAGGACUAAAUUGCUCUUCAUGCCUGUAAAACAUCAUCCACAAGCAUCCUACGUCCGAAAGGUGAAAACCGUAAAAAUGCAUCUGUUCACGUUCAUUCAGCUGAUCUGCCUGGUGAUUUUGUGGAUCGUGAAAUCGACAAAGGCGUCACUGGCCUUUCCGUUCUUCCUCAUCCUUAUGGUGCCCUUAAGACGGCAACUGACACACAUUUUCUCACAAAGGGAACUCAGAGCGCUGGAUGGAGACCAAGCAGAUGUGGACGAAGACGAACCAGAUUUCUAUGCAGAAGCUCCUCUUCCUGGUUAAGCUUAUAUUCGAACUAGGUUGGAAUAAGUUUUUGUUCUCAUAUUGCUAUAAGAUAGGGGAAGUUUCGCCCUUCGCGACUGUAGUCACGCCAUAUUAAUAAGAUAAUAUCUUGCAGGGAUGAAAUCAAAAAAUAAAGACGUCCGGUACUAUAUAGGAUAUCCUUUAAAAUUCACGUUCAGUAACCUGUUUUCCAUUAUUUUGUGCUGUUGUGCCAGGGAUUACUUUUUAAAGUUUCAUUAGUUAUGGGUAUUUUUUAUUAUACUCGAGAGUAAGAAAGAGCUGAAUCGAAAACAUUAAGUAUCUUUACAAAAUAUUUGAAGGAACCACAAAAAUGGAUACACAUUGGAUUUCAACACAAAUAGGUAUUUAAUUAUCGUUUGGCUACUUUAGUUAUAUUGUUUUAAGAAUUUUACGAAAACUUUGACCUUGGCACUUAUAUGGAAUUAAUAAUCCACAGCAAGUAAUGCUCCUAACAGUGAGACUCUUUAAAAUAAGAAGCAAUGAAGGCAAGUUACAGAUGAGUUUCAUUUUCUCUUAGUAUCUCGGAGUGCUUGUCCUGCUAGAAUUUUCUAGUGUAUGUAUGUAUAUUGCACAAAUUUUAAAAUGUACUUAGCAAAUAAUGUGCUUUAUCCGGUCACUGUAAAUAUACAAAACAAAUGUAAAUCAUCAUUCAUUCAUUUUGUCGUGGAAAAUAUAAAUAAUGUCGUCAUCCAUAGCUUGAAAGUCUCAAAACUAUAGUAACUAAUUUUUGAGAGUAUCUGCUAGUUAGUGAGACAUAAAGCGAUAUAUUUUAUUGUAAUUAUUGAUAUUAGUUUGUUCUAACAACGUUUAUGCAUAGAUAGUAUUCCAAGCAAUACACUUCUUUUAGCAAUAGUUCGUUAUGUAGAACCCACGUUGAUGAGAUCAUGAUAUAUUUAACAAGGAUAAUUUUUAAUUUACUCAAUCAUCAAGGUUCAGUUAUGAGUUUUUUGAACCCAGUAUAAGAAUAAAAUUUUCGAAUAAUGAAACUGCAAAAUAGAAACUCUUCAUACGAGUAUUUUCAACGAUUUUACACCACCAAGAAAGUAUUUUCGAAAUUGUUUUAUUUUUAAUUUUAUUGUUUCUUCAGCAAUAUUAAAAUUGAACCUUUGAACCCUAAUUUUGAAGUGGCUUAGACAGUAUGAGUGUUAUAUAGUAAGAAAAUCAAACAGUAUUAUUAUAAGAAUUAUAUGCUUAUCAAAAUAUUACUUACGUACUUAUAACUUUAAAAUACAUAGUUGAUGCUGUAGUUUUAUUUGAAAUUUACAGGAAUAGAUAUUUAAUAGAACUGACAUAUUUAUAUACAUAUCUAUUUUUGCAGAGUAGGUACGAGAGUGAAUCGGAAUGUGUAAAAAAUGUUACAUAAGGAACAAUUUAUUUUUAAUUCUAUUAAUUAAUUUUCCAUAUUUGAGUUAAUUUAAGGCAGGGUUUGCAGACUGUUUGGAAACUUUUAUCCCCGAAAAGUAUGACACAACUUUAUGAAAAUGAAAGAGACCUACGCGGGAUUUUACAGGUUUAGUUUUAAGAGUAUUAAACGACAACUGUUGAAAUUAAAAUUUUCCUUCACUAAAAAUACCCUUCAAACCCCACCUUAAUAUAAAUUGAGCUCAUAAAAGAUAUUCAUAAAGAUUCUUAAUAAGUCUAUCAGGUAGUUUGAUCUUAUCGUAUAUUAAAAAAUUAUUUCUCUCUGAAGCUGGCUACGGACUUGCUUUUAUGUUUUAGAUUCAUCAUAAUAGUGUCUAAUGGACCACAUGUGCUGCAACAUGAUGACCUUUCAGCAUGUACACAUGCGAAUGACACAUGUAUUCCCGUGCAACAUUUUGUACGUACAAAAAUGGCGGGCACAUGUUGCAAACUAAAACGUUUGCAUCGCAACUUGCGGCACAUGUUGAAGACUGAACAAGUCUCUGGCACAUGUGUUCACCUGUCAUGGUAGAGAUUCGUAUGACUUUAUCACACUUUUUUUGAAAUAGCAAAUCCUGCCAUUUGAAAAAUAAAUGCCUAAUAAUUGUUCUUGAUGAAAAGGCGUUUUAAAAUUUAAUUCGUAUUAAUUUGUAAGUAAUCCUGAAUGGAAUGAUCAAAUAUCUAUUGAAAAACUUGAAAACUACAAACAUUCAUUCUAUACGUAAAUCCAAAUGGUCCAUUGCCGUUCAGUUAAGUGUUGAAAGUUGAAAAUUCUAUUAAAGAAAAUUAAGAUAAUUUUUAGUAUCCAACGUAGAAUAAGGGAUAAGGAAAUAUAACGAUAGACCAUAAGAACGAGUCAUUUCAUGGAAAAAGUAUGAUUACUGAAUUCUCAUCUGUACGUAACGUACAGGGUGUCCGGU